ACAGUCGUGGAGGUCUGAUGGUCCAGCUGGAAGCUCUUUGUUCUGCUUUAACCUUAAAUGUCACUAAAUCUGCUUCGACUGACUCACAGUUCAGUUUCUUUGAGAUACUCGUCUUUGAGGACAGACCCGAUGCCCAGCAGAGAGGAGAUGGGACUCAAUCAAGGACAGAGCUGUGGUAAACCGCAGGUGUUUGACUGGUGGCCAGCUGAGCAGCAGUACCUAAAUCUGACCAGCAGGGGGCAGAAUAACAUGUCACACACUGAAAACGCCACCGCUGCUGCUGCUUCCGUCCAUCCUCUCGUCCCCCUCCUCCUCUACAGUGACAGACACUUCUCCUCUUCCUCUCCGUACAGCCAGCCAAUCAGUGCUGCUGCUGCCCAGCAGGCCUACGCCCAGUCUGAGCAGCACGUGUGUUACCACAGCAACAGCGCUUCCAGCAGGCAGCCUGUGAAGAAGCCUCUGAACGCCUUCAUGCUCUACAUGAAGGAGAUGAGACACAAAGUGCUGCAGGAGGGCCAGGAGAGGGAGAGCGCCGCCAUCAACCGCAUCCUGGGCCGCAGGUGGCACGCUCUGUCCCGCUCUGAACAGUCCAAAUAUUACGACCUGGCCCAGAAAGAGAGACUCCUCCACAUGCAGCUCUACCCUGGAUGGUCCGCCCGGGACAAUUAUGGUAAAAGGAAGAAGAAGCAGAGCCAGCAGACGUCAGGAAACUCUUCCAGCUGGACUCUGAACGCUGGAUGAGAGCCCUGAAGGGACAACGUGACAACUAUAAACACACACACACACGUCUUUCAAACUUGUGAGGACCCCAGUUCUUAACCUCAACCUUCAUAACUAAAUGCCAAAAAUCACAAUCUCAACAUUUAAGACUGAAAUUAGGCAAUAAGUUAAACUGUCCUCAGUGUGCUGGUUUUACCCCGAGGUGCCACUGAUCAUAACAGUAAAAAAAUGGCACCUGUCACUUUUUAACUGGUUAUUUUACUAUAACACACAAACUGUGCGCGUUUGUUUCUUUGGAUGCCAACUCCUCUUACACAAUGUGGCGUUGAACUGUCAAACGUGUCACAUGGGCUCAUCUUAGGCAAUGCGAUACAUCUGUAUCAAGUCAUUUAUCACUUCACUUAUUGACAGUUUUGUUUUUAAGUGCAGUAGUUUAAUUUGUAUUUUCCAUUCUUAAUGUGUAAAUUUAUGAUAUGCAAACACAAUAAGCAGAUACAACACAAACCAACAUCCAUAAUCUUUGUGCUGAAAAAAAAAAAAAAAUUAACUUUCAGCUGAUAAAAGCCUACUUCCUUCCAGCUCAUGUAUUCAUAACCAUAAUCUGAUAAAAAUUAGAGCAACAAACAUUCAC